UUUCGGCAGCUUCUUCCUUCCCGCCGCCCCCGGAGGAUUCUCUACCCUAUGGUGCAGACGAAAAAGCAAGUAGCAACUGGACAGGAGAGAAAUGGCUUUGAAACAGAUUUCCAGCAACAAGUGCUUUGGAGGAUUACAAAAAGUGUUUGAACAUGACAGUGUUGAGCUGAACUGCAAAAUGAAAUUUGCUGUGUACCUACCACCAAAGGCAGAAACUGGAAAAUGCCCCACACUCUACUGGCUGUCUGGCUUAACUUGCACAGAACAGAAUUUUAUAUCAAAAUCCGGUUACCAUCAGGCUGCCUCAGAACAUGGUCUUGUCGUCGUUGCUCCAGAUACCAGUCCUCGUGGUUGCAAUAUUGAAGGAGAAGAUGAGAGCUGGGACUUUGGCACUGGUGCUGGAUUUUAUGUGGAUACCACUGAAGAUCCUUGGAAAACUAACUACAGAAUGUACUCUUAUGUAACGGAGGAGCUUCCCCAACUCAUCAACGCCAAUUUCCCAGUGGACCCCCAAAGGAUGUCUGUUUUUGGCCAUUCCAUGGGAGGCCACGGAGCUCUGAUUUGUGCUUUGAAGAACCCAGGAAAAUACAAAUCCGUGUCGGCAUUUGCUCCAAUUUGCAACCCGGUGCUCUGUCCUUGGGGCAAAAAAGCCUUUAGUGGAUAUUUGGGAUCAGAUCAAAGUAAAUGGAAGGCUUAUGAUGCUACCCAUCUUGUGAAGUCAUAUCCAGGGUCUCAGCUGGAUAUACUAAUUGAUCAAGGAAAAGAUGACCAGUUCCUUUCAGAUGGGCAGUUACUUCCUGAUAACUUCAUAGCUGCUUGUACAGAAAAGAAAAUUCCUGUUGUUUUUAGAUCGCAAGAGGGAUACGAUCACAGCUAUUACUUCAUUGCAACCUUUAUUACUGAUCACAUCAGACAUCAUGCAAAAUACCUGAAUGUGUGAAAAACUUCAGAUAGUAGAAUCUCUUCAAAAUCAAAAUUCUGUAAUAAACAGAAUUGCAGGGAAAAAUGCAUAAUUCUAUUUUAUGGUUGAAUUGCUUUCCAAAGAAGUAAUUGCUUUCCUACUUCUGAUUUUUAGAAUUAUUUUACCAGGGUUCAUACAGGAAAUCUUUAAUGCUUUACAACUUUGUUGAGACCAUUUGAAAAACCUUGUUAUAUGGACCUCAGGUCAAGGAAUUGGAACGUAAUUCCAUUCAAAUCACAGACUGGUAUUGCUGGGACAGAAGACUUACUGGUGGUUCAGCCCAAACUCCUCACCUUUCUAGACUUCAAGCCUCUGAAGACAGGGACUGUUUUUGUCAUGUUCAUUGUUAUAGCUCUUAGUGUCUAGCAAAGUGCUUGGCUUCUUGUAGGUGUUUAAUAACUUUAUUAGUUGUUGAAUAAAGAAGUAGGCUCAGAAAGGUGGUUAAAAGGUAAGAAUUCCCCAUCAUUACCCAGCUGUUGUGUGGAACUGCUGAGAUUAGAAGCCAAAUUUCCUAAA